AUGUGUGAAUUUGUUAUGUCAAGCAGCGGUAGUGACGAAAGCAUUGCUUUUUCGACCUUUGAAGAUGCAUUGUCCGACUGGUCUCCGUUGCAAAAUAUACCAAUCGAAUCCCCCAAGUGGAGCCGAAGUAUUUUGGAUCUGUUUGAAGACUGCAGUGGAGCCGAUAGCAACUCGUGCGUUCAAAUUGGCGAACCGCAAGACCCUGAGCAGAAUAAUUCAAUACCGAACAACGAUGGUAUUGCAAUUUCCACAACCGCACUAGAGGCACUGUAUGAGCGAUACGUUUUAUCUGACACUCCUGAUGCUAAUGAAGAAUCUUGUUCGAGCAGCCUUAGUGACUCCAGUACGUUUUGUCUUGAAGAAGCAAUGGUGGAACCAAGCAUGCCAGCUGAGGCAGUUGGUGAUGAGCUACCAAAUCUUUGCGUCCUUGAAAAAGCUACGUGUAUUGAAGAUUUGAAAGCUUGUUCAUCAACUGUAUCGAAUUGUGAUCAUAAGGAAAAGGACAAUAAAUGCAUUGACAACGACUCAAGUUUUAAAAAGGGUGAGAAGGAUUGCUUGGAAUCUACGCCGUUUGUGGAGAAUGUAAGUGAAACUCAACAUUCCUCCAAAAGCAAUACACAAACAUCUGAUAAGUGGAACGUAGAACAGUAUACUCCCAGCCAAUUGAGCGAUAGCUUGAUGGAUUCCGGUUUCGAUGAUAUCGAGGAUAUGUUGGAUGCUUCGCAGGCGAGUGAGGUGCCAGAACGGCACCGACAGCUACAAGAUAGGAUAGUCGAUCUUUUGCACCAAAUCGAACAAACAAUUAGCGAAGGUGUUCCACUAUCUGUACGAAAGAAACCAACCUGGCAGAGCUGCUCGAUGGAGAGCGGAAUUUUACAGUCGAACAGUCUUUCGCAAGGGGAUAAAAUUAUCAAACCUAUCGACUGUCGGCGGUUACAGCUUAUGGUGCGCCUGCUAGCUUCCAUCUAUCAGCUCCUUGCGACCAGGACUAGCUGCACAAAACGCGAACUCUACUACCUCCACCUGGACCUUGCCCAGUCUCCGUGCUACACCUACGCGGCGCUCGAUGAUGUUUGCGCCUUGCUGGACGCAGACGCAUGGGAAUUGAAUGUGUUCAACACCUCCAAGGGAUUGGUUUCUGGUCCGCUGCUGAUCAAACUGGCCUGUGGACGGACGGUCGAUUGCAACGCUCGCUGGGGAACAUCGGUCCCGCUUGAUGUGGGCAGCGUCGUGGAGCUGCAGCUAUCCGCCGCACUUGUGCUUGUCGUGGAGAAAGAUACCGUCUUCAAACGACUCCUUGAAGAUGGUAUAAUGGAAAAAUUCUGUAACCGAUUGCUUCUGAUAACGGGCAAAGGAUAUCCGGAUAUUUCGACGCGACUACUCUUGAAGAAAAUAUCCAUUUGCACCAAUGUGCCCAUUUGCGGCCUAAUGGAUGCCGAUCCACACGGCAUUGAAAUAUUUUGCGUGUACAAAUUUGGUUCACUGGCCAUGGCGUAUCAACAACAGUCCUUAGCCGUCCCGAUCAUGCGCUGGAUUGGGCUGUUCCCCUCCGAUAUAGAGCUGUUGGGACUUCGAGGUGUGCCGCUGCGUGAAAACGAGCUGAAAAAAAUUGAGCACAUCGUUAAACGACCCUACACGGAAGGAAUCUUCGAACGUGAGCUGUUGUUCCUGCGACAGCUUGCUACCAAGGCAGAGAUCGAAAGUUUGUACCAUAUCGCAUCGGACUUUAUGACAACGGUCUAUUUGCCACAAAAAUUUAAGGAGCUACGGUUGAACGUGUAAAUUUGCUAUAAUUGCUCGCGUAAUUCGUAAUUUAAAACGAACGUAACAUUACGAACUAGUUAUUGGUUUCAACAAUGACGACAAUGCCGAGGAGAGUAUCGGAUAUUUUCUACUUUUUGAUCUUCUGCGAGACGCUUUGGAGGAACACGAGGAACUGAAGAAUGGACAGUUUGUUGUAAUCAUACAGCGUUAAGCUAGAACAUGAAAAGCAAAAGAAAAAUGAAGAACAUGAAUUACAAUACAGCUUUUAAUUCACCAACUGUCAAAUCUAGCAGUAUACUUGGAUCAAACGAUGGAAUCCGGAUUCGGAUAUUACUUAAUCUCCUCAAUUUAUUAUAAUAAGCUACAUUAAAAGAAAAAUGGAAGCAUGCAAUCAGCGAAACCAUCAAUUGUGAUAUUAUCAGAUCUCUUUGUCUAGCGUCUAAGAAACAACGCACUUAUUGUCUUUAGUUCUCUUUCUACGAUUACACACUAUCACCAGCCCAAACAUCGUAUCCGGUGUUUCAUGGCGGUUAAGGUGUAACGGGUUUUCUUUAUUGUUUUGCUACUUAUUAUAAAAAAAACUCGAUAUAUAACUGUAUUCAACUGGCGCUUCCUUUCACUCAAUUGUAGAAUAUCAUUUUACACCUCCGCUCGUUAUUAACGGAG